AUGAGCGUUUCUUUUCUGUACGAAUGCGUGGGAAUUUGGCGGUCGAUCGAGUGCGGGGAUGGCGGGCGACAGAAAACGGGGGUUGGGGGCCCUGACCCAGUUUCCCGCCGCCCCGCAACCCCCAAGCGUACGCACGAGGUCACUGUACUGCAGCUGCAAGCCCGAAUACCGCAGAGCCGCAAGACGUCCACUGUUGAACAUAGGCCUCCCCCU